CCCAGGCAUGAGCCCCCGGCACCGGGGACCCGCGGCCCGGCCGGCCCCUUCCUGGGCCCCAGUCCUGCUGCUGGCGCUCGGGCUGCACAGCCUCCAGGCCGGGGCCCGCAGAGUCACAGACCCCAACUUCCGGGAGAGCUAUUUUGAGCAGCUUCUGGACCAUUUCAACUUCGAGAGGUUCGGCAACAAGACCUUCCCCCAGCGGUUCCUGGUGUCAGACGCGUUCUGGGACAGGACCGAGGGGCCCAUCUUCUUCUACACGGGGAACGAGGGGGACGUGUGGUCCUUCGCCAACAACUCGGGCUUCAUCUCGGAGCUGGCGGCCCAGCAGCGGGCCCUGCUGGUCUUCGCAGAGCAUCGGUACUACGGGAAGUCGCUCCCAUUCGGCGUGCAGUCCACACGCCGCGGGUACACAGAGCUGCUGACGGUGGAGCAGGCCCUGGCUGACUUUGCGGUGCUGCUCCAGGCGCUGCGCCAGGACCUUGGGGCCCAGGACACCCCUGCCAUCGCCUUCGGGGGGAGUUAUGGAGGGAUGCUCAGCGCCUACAUGCGGAUGAAGUACCCCCACCUGGUGGCGGGGGCGCUGGCGGCCAGCGCACCUGUUGUAGCUGUUGCAGGUCUGGGAGACUCUGGCCAAUUCUUCCGGGACGUCACGGAGGACUUUGCCAGCCAGAGUCCCAAAUGUGCCCAGGGUGUGCGGGACGCCUUCCGGCAGAUCAAGGACCUAUUCCUGCAGGGAGCCUAUGACGCAGUCAGCCGGGAGUUCGGCACCUGCCAGCCACUCUCGGGCCCCGAGGACCAGACCCAGCUCUUUGUGUUUGCCCGGAACGCCUUCACCGUGCUGGCCAUGAUGGACUACCCGUACCCCACCGACUUCUUGGGGCCUCUUCCUGCCAACCCUGUCAGGGUGGGCUGUGACCGGCUGCUGAGCGAGGCCCAGAGGAUUUCGGGGCUGCGGGCUCUGGCAGGACUGGUCUACAACGCCUCGGGCACGGAGCGCUGUUUUGACAUCUACCAGCUGUACCGCAGCUGUGCUGACCCCACGGGCUGCGGCACCGGCCCCAACGCCAAGGCCUGGGACUACCAGGCCUGCACUGAGAUCAACCUGACCUUCGCCAGCAACAACGCGACCGACAUGUUCCCCGUCCUCCCGUUCACCGAGGAACUCCGCCAGCAGUACUGCCUGGACACGUGGGGCGUGUGGCCACGGCGGGACUGGCUGCAGACCAGCUUCUGGGGGGGCGACCUCAGAGCUGCCAGCAACAUCAUCUUUUCCAACGGUGACCUGGACCCCUGGGCAGGGGGCGGGAUUCGGAGGAACGUGAGCGCCUCGGUGGUCGCCGUCACCAUCCGCGGGGGAGCGCAUCACCUGGACCUCAGAGCGUCGCAUCCGGAAGACCCGCCCUCCGUGCGGGAGGCGCGACAGCUGGAGGCCGCCCUCAUCGGCGAGUGGGUGAAGGCUGCGCGGCGUGAGCAGCGGGCGGCCUGGCGCGCGGGGCCCAGAGGCUGAGACCGGAGGACCGGGAGGGAGCGCCUCGGGUUCCCUGUGGGGUGAGGCGCCCUCCGUCCGGGCGGUCCGCUGCAUCCCGAGGCCGGGCCCACGGUGGCCGCCCAGCGCCGGGGCUUUGCCUGCGCGAGGGGCUGGCGCAAAGGGGAGGGGCUGAAUAAA